CAAUCCUUCUUUAUGGUACCGCGAUAACAAGUUGCCUGGAGUGAAAAGCGUUGCGUUUGUUUAAUGGCGGUAAUGAGGAGGACGUUGAGAUUGAAAAGCCGCCCCUAACUGCGGCAGGGUCAUAAUAAAGGACUUGGGAUCACAGCUGAAUCCAAAAUUUUGUUGCAAAGCAAGACAGUUGCUAAAGUAAUUGGAAUUAUUAAUAUGAUCAAAUAUGGCAUCCUAUUUGGCACAAGAAAUUCAGCUUGCUAAGCAGCAUGAAGAAAUAGUCUCUCGGAGAUUGGUGUUGCUUCAGCAGAUGGAGAGUCAUCUAAGAGACAAAGACGCUGAGCAGGCAUGGCACACGCAAGAAGCUGAUGCAGCUCAUAAAAGAAAUGUAUCCCUUUUAAAAGAUAUUGAGGCAGCAGCGAAAAAUCUACAAUCCAGAGAGCACUUGCUUCUCCACCCUGAAAUUGUUAACCUUGAAACUCUUUACUGGGCCAAAGUAGAAGAAUCCAUUCCUAAGUGGGAGCCAUUUUUUUUAGGAAGAACACAAGCCCCAAUUGGUUUUAAAAAAAAAUCACAUCAACAAUACAGCACAUAAGAUUAAUACCAAGACAAAUGGGAAACAAAAACAGAACCAUGUCCAUGGGGGGAUUUAGCUUCAGAUUGGUGGAUUGUUAAAUAAUUCUUUUAAAUAUUUGUUGGAUAAGAUACUCAAUUCUAAAUCUGCAUUGAAGACUUUCCCCAAAGGCCUAUUAGCUACAUGGAAGUGACUUUGAUCUCAAAUAUGAACAAUACAAUGCAAGAGCUGCACUCCUCUUUUCAGUUAUUCAGUUAAGAUGAAAAAUAAUGUAAUCUGUUACUUGUCCUUCACUUUUGCUAUGGAGAGACGCCUUGUUCCCCAAUAAAAGUGUAGAAAGUGCUGGUUUGGCUUACUGUCCCAUAAAAGGGUUUUUAAUGGCAUGUAUAGAUCAUUGAAAUGUAGCAUAGGCUUAAGGACUUUCUACUUUUGGUAGAAAAUCAUGUGAUGAAGACUCAAAUAGGACCCAUUGAAUUUGCACAUCCUCUAAGUCAGGAGUGUCAAACUUGUGUUGUCAUGGCAGCGUCACGUAACGUAUUGGGACUUUCCCCCCUUCAAACGGGGCAUAGGCGUGGCCAGCACGUGACGCAACCAGCCCGCAGGCCAUGAGUUUGACAGCCCUGCUCUAGGUUAUUCUGUGUCAGAUUUGGAUGGAAAUACAAAUUCUAUGACUAAAGAUUAGAGUGCUGUCUUAGAAUAUUUCAGGUUGAAUCCCACUUACAAUUUGAUUUUGUAGGCUUGUUAGAAUUAUCCAACUUCAGGUUUGGAAUUAACUCUAAAUCAUACGACAGGCUCUCAUAUCAGAUUGUGGAGUUAUUUUGUCAAAACAAGCAUUUAGAGCAAAUGUAUCUUGAAAUUAUUCACGCAAGCCCUUCAUUUUAUACACUUUUCUAUAGCUGACAGCAAGGGAAUGUACUUAACAAGUUACUAUGUAUUUAUUCUUUCUGUUUUCUGAUGUUAGGGACACAAAUUUCUGGUUGUCAGGUGAGCAUCUUAAAAAUAAUACCUAGUAGGUGAGACGCAUGGAGCACCUUAGAGCUAAAAUUUAAGGGAAAUAUAAGAUUCCUUUUUAUUUAGGGCUAGGAGCUUCAUCUGUACCAGUAAACACUACCAAUAACAGAACUCCGUAAUUAAGUAGCGCAUUGAUACUUUGAAACUUUGGUGUUGAAGAAGACUCCGGAGAAUACCAAGACAGUCAAGAAAAUAAACCAAUGGAUCAGCAAACAAAGCAAUCUAGAGUUCUCACUUGAGGCACACAUUACCAGGUUCAUACUAUUCUAUUUUGGGCCUAUUAUUCAAUGAUCUAUUUCUUUUGGAGAAGGCUCUUACGCUAGGAAUGGAGGAAGUGAAGUGACGAAGACGACAACUAGGAGCAAAAUGGUUGGACUCAAUUAUAGUGGCGGUGACUACAGUGUUGGAACACCUAAAAGAUCAGGUUAAGGAAGAUCAUCGUGGAGAAAUUCUUGUGUUGCUGCUAAGAAUUGCAAAUGACUUGCUGGCCCAUAAUCAGUAUAUUCCUAUCCUUUUACCAUUAGUAGUAGUAACAUAAGCAUUUUAGCAUUGCUGAUACAUCCCCAAUCACUAUACUGGGAGCCAGAUACCAGACUUUUAGAAGAUUUGGAACCUAUUUCCAAGAAAUAAAUAUAUUUGAACCUCUAUUUUAUUGUGUUAAGGGUAUAUUAAUUCAGAGAUAAGGUAAGCAUUUACUAGAGGAUUUAAUACUUUACCAUAACAUGGAUGACUCUGUUUCUAAUCAAUGUGUUUGAUUUGGUCCUUGUAUUUUGGUCAAGUGGGAAUUUUCCUUUAGCUCAUUGUCUGACAAAGACAAAAGGAGGCAUAUGAGCGGCUAAGCAUGAGAUAGUAACAAGCAGAUACAGUUCCCCUGAAGAGAGAGAGCUGUGGGGCCAAAAUAA